GGAGGGUGGUGCUUAAACAAACAGUGACAGUCAGUGGCCAUGUGAGCACAGCCAAAGGACUCCAGAUCAACGGGAAACUGAGAUCACCAGGAUCAGCAGAAUAUGCUCUGCACUGCUGCUGUGUGUUCAACACUUCUCUGACUGGAAUUACAUUUUUGUGACAUUCACGUCCUCUGAAAUAUCUGGAUUUAUCUGCAGGGACCGGGUGACAGAAUAGUUCUUUUAAAAAAAAUAGGCGGGUAAUUAACUUAAGGGAUAAAAAAAUAUUCUUUUUGUGUAGUUUAAACAAAUGUAUUUAUUUUUAUAAGACACACUGUAGAUACAUCAGGAUUACUGAGUGGAUCUUACAGGGGCCGCGGUGCCCAGGACAACCAGACGCGCCACCAGUGAUCGAGGAUCCCUCUCAGCUUUUACGCAGUUACCGGAGGACAGAAGGAGUCAUCGCAUCACUGGUGAAUUACUCACGUUUUCUUCUCCGACAACCCGGUGAAACAUGCUCCAAAAUGGAAACGAAAAGGAGAAACCGGUGCAGGCGCCAAAAGCUGAGGCAGAGCCGGACACCCUGAGUGACAAGCCGAAACAGCAGCAGCAGCAGCAGCAGCAGGAGCCCGCUCCCCCCGCUGCUGACAGCGACACACACUUCCCUCUGCCCGUUUAUCCCAAACUGGACAUUAAGCGCAACGCAGUGACAGACGAUUAUAAGAUCUCCAGUCAGGUUCUGGGCUUAGGGAUCAAUGGCAAAGUCCUUCAGUGCUUCAACAAGAAGACCGGAGAGAAGUGCGCACUGAAGAUUCUCUACGACAGCCCCAAAGCGAGACGAGAGGUGGAGCUCCACUGGCGAGUAUCAGGAGGACCGUACAUUGUUCGCAUCCUCAGCCUGUAUGAGAACAUGCAUCACGGGAAGAAGUGCCUGCUCAUCAUCAUGGAGUGCAUGGAGGGAGGAGAGCUGUUCAGUCGAAUCCAGGCCAGAGGAGACCAGGCCUUCACUGAGAAAGAGGCUUCUGAGAUUAUGAGGGACAUCGGCACGGCCAUUGACUUUCUCCACAACAUUAACAUUGCGCACAGAGACAUUAAGCCAGAGAACCUGCUGUACACCACUAAAGAAAGAAACGCCAUCCUCAAAUUAACAGACUUUGGUUUUGCUAAAGAGACCACGCUACACAACCCCCUACAGACCCCCUGUUAUACACCGUACUAUGUGGCUCCUGAGGUUUUGGGUCCGGAGAAGUAUGACAAGUCAUGUGACAUGUGGUCUCUGGGCGUCAUCAUGUACAUCCUGUUGUGUGGCUUCCCUCCAUUUUACUCCAACACCGGUCAGGCCAUUUCUCCAGGGAUGAAGAGGAGGAUCAGGAUGGGCCAGUAUGAAUUCCCCAACCCAGAGUGGGCUGAGGUGUCACAGGAAGCAAAAGAUUUGAUCCAUCAGCUGCUGAAGACAGACCCUAACGAGAGAAUGACCAUCACUCAGUUUAUGAACCACCCCUGGAUUAAUCAGUCCAUGGUGGUUCCCUCCACUCCGCUCCACACCACCCGGGUUCUGACUGAAGACAGAGAGAUGUGGGAGGAUGUUAAGGAGGAGAUGACCAGUGCUUUAGCGACCAUGCGAGUGGACUACGACCAGGUGAAGAUUAAAGAUCUCGACAUCUCCAGCAACCCGCUACUCAACAAGAGACGCAAGAAGGCCGCCGCGGGGGCCAAGGGUGGGUCCCAGGUCUGUCAAAGUCAGUGAGACGACAGAGGACUGUUAGUGGAAAUCCAGGCAGAGCUGCCAGUGAUGAAGAAAAGCAGCUCAGAAGAGAGAGGAAAAGCUGAUUUAUGCAGAAGAGGAUCAUUUAGAGACCAGCUCAGGACUCUUGAGAGACUGGAUGUUGAGGAAAUGUUCUUUGAAAUAAAGGGACAACAUAGGAACAAAGUCAGAGCUGGACAUUUAUGAGACAUAUCAAGACCUGUUUCUCUUGUCAGUGGUAUAAAUCAACUGUGCUCUGCUCACUGUGGGCCUCAUCUGUUUUUAAUUAUUUUUACGUAUGUAUGUAAUAUUUAGAUGUUGCCUGUUUGUUAGAGUGUCUGUGUGCAGACAUGAAGUAUUUGUAAUGAUCAUGUUUUGUGUAUUUGAAUGCUUGGUUACCUAUUUGAGGUCUCCUUUGUAACUAUGCACUAGUGUGCAAAUCACACACGCAGACAGACGAACCAACUGUGGACAGACUGUGAAACUAGAACACUCACCAUUACCUGAGUCGUCUUAAUGUUGUCUGUCUCUUGCUUUCAGGAAUUAAAGCAAAGUCUGACACUGA